AUGAGAACAAAUUUCGAAAUUUUAUUUGUUUUCAUUCUCUUAGGAAUAACAGUUAGUGAAUCUGUAAAAUGUGUCAAUGGAACAGGACAUCAAGUUGAAUGGUGGAUUCAUUUAGCUGAUGCCAAUAAAGGUUCACAAGACAAACAAUAUUCAAGAGGACUUUAUUAUGAUUCGAUUCUUGCCGCACAAAAAGCUCAACCAAUUCAAAUAUCAGGUGAACAGAGAGACUUUUUUGCAAAUUUGACACAAAGACAUGUCGAUCAAGCAAAAGGUGAUAAGAUAACAAAACAACAGUGCAUAGAUAAAAAUUAUUUAGGAUUGGAGUGGUAUCAUGAUCAAGCAAGUGAAAGUGCGAAAAUCGACCUAGGUGAUUUCUAUCAUGGUCAUGUCAAGUCAUUGUUUGUAUAUGAUCUGAGAGAUAGUGACGAAACUAAGAAUACCGGUUUUUUCAUUUCACAUUCAAUGAAGAUGCCAAAUUUAAAAAAGCCUUCAAAACUGUUUGAUGAAACAUCUCCCUCUGCAGUUCAACCUUCGCAACAUGCAUUCUGUAAUUCAUUGAGUGGAAAACCUGAAGUUCUCAAAUACUUUGAUAUUCUGAAGAAUACCAAAGCUGGUUUGGUUCGUGCAAAGGAUGAUUGUAGAUACUUUAAACCAGAACUCACUCUGAAAUUUCCGUUGGAUCAAUGUGAUAAACAGUGGAGACAACAUGUAUACGACUAUCAAUUUAGAGAAAAAAACAAUAACGAUGGUGAUGCCAUUCUCCGCAAACUCUUUAGAAACAAAGAUUCGUACGAUAAAACCAAAGAACAUUGUAUGGAGAAUGGAGGACCAUUUAAACUUGGUUCUUUCGAAACAUUUUCAUUUUAUGGCAGAUCAAAGACACCUUGCAAUUCACAUGAUAAAACAACAGACUUUUUUAAAGCUGUAGUUCAAGAGAAUGACGCUAAAAACUACAAGAUUUACAGCAAAUGUUUUGCUUUGAAUUAUGGCAAGAAUGUAAAUAAUUUUAUUAAAUUUUCGACAAGUUAUAAUUUCCGAAGAAAUGAUUGGUUUGAAAAAGACAAAUAUGGCCCCGUGGUAUUCAAAGUUAACAUGUUAUCAGAAACUCAUUGUUCUAUGAUUGAUGCUUCAGCAGACAAUAAUAUUUGUUAUAAUGCAAAGACAGUUUGUAGUUUCACAGACUUUGGAAUGGAUCCAUAUUUAUUGGUUGCACAACAUUAUAAUUCACACUUUUUUGUCAGUACUGAUCAAGAAGGAUUCCCAUCUUUGAUUGGAUCAACAUUUAGUGUUAGAAACAUUGUUCUAUGGAGUCCUUUAUGGAGUGGAGAAAAAAAAGAUGGUUCACCCGGAGAAUCACUUAGUAGACAUGAAAAGUUGAUGGUUUCCAAAUCAAAGAAUAUCAUUUGUCUUGGUGAUUCAAAUCGAAAUGAUUUUUCAAUUCAUCAUGCUGGAACAAUUUUUUGUAUUGAAAAUGAAAUUCUGGCAAAGAGAGUUCAUGAAUCGAUUGGAUCAUUCAAUCUCUACAGACAAUUCUACUUUGGAGAUGACAAGGGAUUUAAGUACAAUUCGCCAUUCGAAGAUGUCAAAACGGUUUGUUAUCUUUAUGCUCAGAGUUUGUAUCAUCCACUCACUCAGGUUUCAAAAGAUAUGAAAUUCUUUGAGAGAAAAGGAAAGACACCACUCACCAAUUCACUGAUCACUCCGGGAGAAGCCAGUGCCGAUGAGAUAGAGCUAGAAAAAGCAAAAAUGCAAAGGGAGGUGUACGAAAAGAAUCAUCCAGGACUAAAUUUUAGUAGAUCUAAAACAAGCAAAAUGGUGAUUGAAGAACCAACUGCAAAGAAACGUGCAAAUGAUGGCAUUCAAGGUGGCAGAUCAACUAAAUCAAUUAAGCGUUAA